GCAUUUGUUGCCGCAUUGCCUUCGCGCAAUCUCUUUGGGGCUGUUUUUGGGCUCUCAUUGGUUGUAGUAGAACGAGUUUUAUCAUUCAAUGGUUUCUGGAGGAAUAGAGCGGUAGAAGUUAUAAGCUCUUCAUUAAGGCUUCACUGUGGUUUACCGGCACCGGCCCGAUUGAUGGGUGACUCAUAUGUGAAGGAUGAAUUCCGUCGACACAAGGACGCUAGCCCCGAGUACACCACUAUAUUUCUUAACGAAUGGACGAAUUAUUGCGUGACUUUAUCAAAGCAGUUAUCCACAUCUGGCAUCGUCAAAGGGUUCAUUGGGAAGGAUUUGGAGCCGGAGAAGCUAGACAGUUUUGCCGAAGAACAAUUGCGGCAGUUGCUAGAACUUAAGCUUGAGUCCGAGCGAAUGAAAAGCGAAGUAGAUGCAUCAAAGGAAGCCUCAAGUGAUACGUAG